AUAAACAAUCUUCAAUGCCGAUUGACCACAACAGAAAGAGAAAAAACACAUCUGCGUGGUUCACUGACUGUUGUACAAGGUCAACUGACUGCCGAAAGGCAAGAAAUUACCAAACUGCGAGAACAACUGACCCAAGAAGAGAAUGAAAUUAGAGAUCUAAGAGUGCAACUAAAUGCAAGAGAGCAUGACAGUAACGAUCUGCGGGGUCAAUUGACCGCGUUCGAGCAAGAAAUUACAGUUGUACGUGCUCAAAUGUCUAAAAAGCAGCAGGAAUAUAAAGAUUUUCUAGGUCAAUUAAAUACAAGCGGGCAAGAAAUUACCAAUCUCCGAGGCCGAAUGACUGCUACAGAGCAAGAAAACAGAAAUCUGCGUGAUCAAAUGUCUUCAAGAGAGCAAGAAGUUAUCAAUCUGAAAGGUCGAUUGACUUCAAAAGACCAAGAAGUUACUAAUUUGCAAGCUCAACUUACCGAUCGAGAGCAAGAAGUAAGAGAUCUAGGAAGUCAACUGACUACAAGAGAGCAAGACAUAAACAAUCUUCAAAGUCAACUGAUCGCAAGAGAGCGAGAAACACGUGUUCAACUUACUGAAAGAGAGCAAGCAAUUACUAAUCUGCAGAGUGAAGUAAAUGAAACACGGCAAGAGAUCACAAAUCUGCGAAAUCAACUUAUCGAAAGAGAACGGCAAAUUACAGUUGGGCGAGAUAACCAGGAAGGGUCUCACUCUAGUAGAAGUCACAAUCUACGUCCACACGACUGGGAGAUAAGAAAAACUGAAAUUUUUUUGAUGGAUGAAGUACUUGGAGAAGGCGCGUCGGGAAGGGUUGUUCGUGGGAAGUUUCGCGGUUGUAAUGUUGCAGUAAAGCAAAUCCAUCCCGCCCUUUUGACGUAUCGUCACAUAAGAGAUUCUUUUAAACGUGAAGUUGACUUUGCUUCACGAAGUCGCCACCCUUGUUUGCUACAGUUUAUUGGGGCAACAAUUGAUGGAGCGGAGCCCAUGUUGGUAACGGAGCUGCUGGACCGUAGUUUAAGAUCAUUGUACGAGGAACGAAGUCUAAUUGAUAAGGAAAUUUCUGAUAUUUCUCACGAUGUCGCUCUUGUUCUAAACUACCUUCAUGAACAGAAACCUCAACCCAUCAUCCACAGAGACAUCAGCAGUGCUAAUGUAUUGUUAUGGCAACAUGGUGACCAUUGGAGAGGUAAAGUGUCAGAUUAUGGCACCGCUAAUUUUGUGCGUGAGUGCUCAACAGACGAUCCUGGAGCUCCAAUAUAUUGUGCACCAGAAAUUCUUCCCGAAUCUCGGGAUCAAACGAUCAGCUGUAAGGUUAGUUACAACACUUCAAAUCCGACACAAGCUAGUCGCAACUACUCCCAGCGUGGAUCUCAUGAAAACCUUCAAUUACUACCAAUCAUUUAUAGAUAUGAAGAUAGGUAGGAGGAUGUAGGUACUUGAGGAAGGGGGUCCAUAGUGGUUGGUUGUUGGAUGCGCGCGCCUCAGCAUUGCGCAUUGUAGGAAAAAAUCGACCCCAUCUCGAUAAUUGUUUUGUUUACCUCAAGCUUUACGCCCGGGAAGCGCUUUCGUUACCAGAGUCGACCGAGACAUUUUCAUUAUUUACGUUGGAGGGAUUUUGCUGUCAGAAUUUCCCUUUCUAACUAGCUCCAAAGUGCAAUAUCAGCAUUCAGACUGAUAUAUUGAUCACUGGAAUGUGCUAAUCAUUAUUGCUGUCAUACGCUUAUCUAGGUUGACGUCUACAGUUUUGGUGUUCUUCUCUGUGAGAUGUGUAUCCGAGAACUGCCAGAUCCUCAAAAACGCGAACAACAGGUCAGAAGGGUGACAAAGAGAGUGUGUCACGCUCUCGUGGAGAUGUGUCUGCAAUCAGAACCUGGAAGAAGACCCAAUAUGCAGCGAGUUAUCGACGAAGUCGAUGGGUGGAGUAAUUCAUUCAGACUGUAA